AUCAGGGUUGAUUCCACGCCAGCCGGCCACUGCCUUUUUAAGGUUCUCCGUCUUUGGUUCUUUCUCUCUCCGCUUCAAGCGCAAUCACCACUGCUGACCAGAUCGCCGGAAAGAGGUAAAAGAUGUUCGGAAGAGCGCCCAAGAAAAGCGAUAACACAAAGUACUACGAGAUUCUUGGGGUGUCGAAGAACGCCAGCCAGGAUGAUCUGAAGAAGGCGUACAGGAAAGCCGCCAUCAAGAAUCACCCUGAUAAAGGCGGAGAUCCUGAGAAGUUCAAGGAGCUUGCUCAGGCUUAUGAGGUCCUGAGUGACCCUGAGAAACGUGAAAUCUAUGAUGAGUAUGGUGAGGAUGCACUCAAGGAAGGAAUGGGUGGUGGUGGUGCUGGCCAUGAUCCAUUUGACAUCUUCUCAUCCUUCUUUGGUGGUGGAUUUGGAGGGAGUAGCAGCAGAGGUAGAAGGCAGAGGCGUGGAGAAGAUGUUGUUCAUCCUCUGAAGGUUUCUCUGGAGGAUCUUUAUCUCGGGACUACAAAGAAGCUUUCUCUCUCCCGGAAUAUGUUAUGCUCGAAGUGCAAUGGCAAGGGGUCAAAAUCUGGAGCUUCAAUGAAGUGUGCAGGUUGCCAGGGUACUGGUAUGAAGGUGUCUAUCAGGCAACUUGGUCCUUCAAUGAUUCAGCAGAUGCAGCAUCCUUGCAAUGAAUGCAAGGGUACUGGUGAGACCAUCAAUGACAGGGACCGCUGCCCUCAAUGCGAGGGAGAGAAAGUUGUUCCAGAGAAGAAGGUGCUGGAAGUCGUUGUUGAGAAGGGUAUGCAGAAUGGGCAGAAGAUUACAUUCCCUGGUGAAGCUGAUGAAGCACCUGAUGCAGUCACUGGUGAUAUAGUCUUUGUUCUUCAGCAGAAAGAGCAUCCAAGGUUCAAGAGGAAGGGAGAGGAUCUCUUUGUGGAACACACCCUGUCCCUCACUGAGGCUCUGUGUGGUUUUCAAUUUGCAUUAACCCAUUUGGAUGGCAGACAGCUACUUAUCAAAUCAAAUCCUGGGGAAGUUGUAAAGCCUGAUUCCUUCAAGGCAAUUAAUGAUGAGGGGAUGCCCAUCUACCAGAGGUCCUUCAUGAAGGGGAAGUUAUACAUUCACUUCACAGUUGACUUCCCUGAUUCGUUGAGCCCCAACCAGGUCAAGGCAUUACCAGCUGUUCUCCCACCAAAACCAACUUCUGAGCUGACAGAUAUGGAGCUAGAUGAGUGCGAGGAGACUACACUGCAUGAUGUGAACAUGGAAGAGGAGAUGAGGAGGAAGCGGCAGGCCCAACAGGAGGCCUACGAGGAGGAUGACGAUAUGCAUGGUGGUGCUCAGAGGGUGCAAUGUGCUCAGCAGUGAUAAUGAAGAAAAUUUACUCCGAUUUCAUGUUUUUGUAUCUGUCGGCUGAUCUCAUGACAGUUUACUGGAAGUUAUAUGGUUUUGUUGGUCAUUGGGGAUGUUACUUUUGUGCCGCAAGUGAAUGUCAGGAUGGAUAUUUCUGUAGCUUAUAUUUGGAUAAAAAAUCCCUAGGUUAUUUUUCAUCUGAAAAAGUACAGUGAAUAUAUGUUUACUUAAUGGGAAGAAAAACUGAACCAACUGAACCAACUAUUCAAGGCUUUCUUUCUUU